AUGGCUGAUUAUAACGACUCUAGCAUGGAUGAUUUUGACAUUAUUUGUCUGACUGAGACUUGGCUUAACGAUUCGUACUAUGAUUGCAAUAUAUUUCCUAGUAGAUAUACCGUUUACCGGUCUGACCAGGUAUCCACCAGCAAAGCUUGUGGUGGUGGUGUCUUAACAGCCAUUCCCUCCAGCUUGGGUUCCUGCAGGCGCAGGUAUGAUUUAGAACUCUGCUCUGAAUGUGUUUGGGUUGAGAUUCCCACAGUUGACAGCCACAAUUUGCUUAUUGGCAACCACUAUUUCUCUCCUGACACUCCACCGGGAGUCAUUAUUAAUUAUUUUCAACUUCUUGAAAACAAGCUUGACACCAAUUGCUUUCGUGUCGUUUUAUUAGGGGACUUCAAUGUUCCUGGUUUUAACUGGAUACGUGGGUCACCUCUGCCCAACUGUCACUACUACACUAAACUUAAGGGGGAUGCUAUAUACACCUCCGCAUGUCUCCUUGGCCUUCGGCAGUGUGCUGUAGCUGUUGACAACCAUAACUUACUUGACUUAGUCUUCUCUAAUCUCACCGAUCUAAAGCCUGGUCCUUCUUACUCUGAUUUGGUCAAGCCUGAUCCAUAUCACCCUCCCUUAAUUAUUGAUGUCCACCUUCCACGUAUUACCUAUAAUCCUGAUUAUAAAUUCAGCCAUCGAAAAUUCACCGCCGGCAAUUAUACUUUGCUUUACAACACCCUAUCUGCAUGUGAUUGGUCAGGAGUAUAUAGAGCUACUUCCGCUGAUGAUGCAGUUGCCAGCCUAAAUGCUACUGUUCAAGCUGCCGUGGAAGACGCAAUUCCUCGUUGCCCUACUCGCAAAUCUAAAUUCCCUUUCUGGUACUCUAGUUCCUUAAGGUACUACAUUGGUAAGAAAAAUUACUUUCACCGUCGCUUUAAAAAGAAACAAACUGAUUACUAUUAUGACAAAUUCAUUUUCUAUCGUAAGCCUGUUAAAAGCUCUAUCAAAACUGACAGGCUUCGAUGGCUGAAGUCAAUAGAUAAUGACCUGAAAUCACAACCUCAUCAUCUCUGGAAAUACGUGUCUUCUUUCAGGAAACAUACUUUAGGUUGCAUUCAGCUUCAAGUUGAUGGUGUACACUUAGAUGAACCUACUGCAGUGGCUGAUACCUUUGCCAAACAUUUUCAAUCCCUCUAUAAUACCCAUUGUCCUAUAGACCUUCCCCCUCUUUCGCAACCUACUGAAUUCCUGUCUCUUGCACCUAUUUCUGAUGCGGAUGUCAACAAGACCAUUAAGGGACUAAAACCCUCUAAAUGUGUCAGACCGGAUGAUAUCCUGGGGUUUGUCAUAAAAGGCUGUUCGGCAAUUUUUAUUCCUGUACUUAGGCAUAUAUUCAAUUUGAGCCUGUCUCAGCAGCAAUUCCCUACUGCAUGGAAGGAAGAAACUAUUGUGCCUGUAUUCAAAAGAGGCAAUCCUGCCUGU